UCGACUGCCUCGAGCGCUCCUGCCAAAAGCUCAAGCUCAAGCUCAGUGCUCCAAGCUCCAGCCCUGGGCAGGCGUUUCCAUCUGUGAGUACGCCGCCGUGAUAUAGCCAGUGACGGAAUCGCGGCCGCAUGGCCUGAGCGGAAACGUCGUCUGAUAUAAGGAUGGACGGCGUUGAUCCGGACGCGCCCACCCACAAGAGGCCCCGUUUGGACUCGGUCAAUCCCGUCUAUAACGGCCUUCCCCCUCCUCAGCCGCCUGCUGCCCGACACCCAUUACAUCCCACUUCGGCCCAGGCUUCCUCACCCCCACCGCCGCGCACCUUCCCGCCGCACAGCUUGCCACAUCCCUCGCAUACCUAUCCGUCUCCCGCUCCUGGACCCUACGGCCCACCUCAACCCUCACCUUCCCUUCCGCCUUCGGAUAUUCGCCAUCUUCCCGAUCCUAGGAGCAGCAUCUCGUCGCCUGGCCACCGUCCUCAUGGCCUCCCCGGCACUCCGGUGACCCUUCCUGCUCGACCACCAGUACCGCAGGAUACCAUCCGCUCUUACAGCGCAGCACCAACGCCACAGCCUCCCCUCCCGCCCGACUCGAGAUCGGCUGCCAGCGUCAGCAUCAACAUCGACGUCAAGCGUGCCGAGUCCUCUGCACCGCAAGGCAUGGAGCAUGGCGGUCCCAAUCCUUGGCCAUCGCAUCCUGACCCCCACACCUCUCGCCAUGGCAGCAUGAGCAAUGGCUACGCUUCGACCAUGAGCCCUCCAAAUGAACCGCAGUUCCACACGCCACCGUUACCGCAAACGCCGCAAUAUGGCCAACCUCCGUCUAUGGCGUCCUACUCCAACGGACCCUACAUGGCACAGUACGGUCCUGCAGCGCAGGCGAUGCGGCGGAAACAGGUUCGAGCCACCCAGGCGUGCAACCACUGCCGUUCGCGCAAGCAAAAGUGCGACGAAGCGAGGCCGUGCCAGUUCUGCAGAGAGAACAACUUUGAUUGCCAAUACAAGGAUGUUCCGCCACCCAAGCAAGAUCGCAGCAUGAUGCAACUGCAGGACAGCGUCAACAGCAUAUCCGACACGUUGAAGGAUUUCGUGGCGAAUUUCAACAUUUGGAAACAGCACGUUGACGGCAAACUUGCGCAACCAAAGUUUGUUGCGCAUGCGUCACCAGCCUUUGACCAUGCCUCCCCGCAACAAGGCCCCGGGGCGCGACCGUCGACAAGCGAGCAGCAUACCCCCAGGAUUCCAACGCCGGUGCAAGGACGAACUCAAUACAGCAGAGUCAACAGCAUGAAAAUGGAGUCGCCAGUCGUCACUCAUUCCCACAUUUCCCCAGGACGUGCGCAGUCGUCGACACCCAUCAAAAGAGAAUCUUUCCAGGCAUAUCCGCAGCCUGCCACCCCCGCCGACAGCGUUGGGACGAGUAUCACUCAAACCCAACCGGACACGACUAACGACAAUGAGCGGGUCGGUCUCAAGGCAGACCAUAGGACGCCGGCGCAUCGCCUGUUCAUCGAGUGGCCAUGCAUGGCGAAUUUCUGCAACGGUGUACCCUUCAUUCAGCGACUAUUGGAAGAAGGCCACCGGAUGGACCAAUAUCCUAUGCUAAUGGAGCAAGACCGUGGACUCCUCCGCGUGUGGGGUGUUGGAGAAGGCCACGACCUCUACGACGGUGCCCACGGUCCCGGGAGCCCCGAAAACAACGCUGAGGGAGACACCCCCUCCCCUGCUGCCACGAAGGAGGGACUGUGGGGAUGCCCACCCGCUGAUCAUUCCAGCCCCAGCACCCUCAACGGCGACCCUCCUCGAUACGAUCACGUUGGGGGCCUUGGUCCCGACGGAAAGCCCGAUUUCAAUUCCAAGACCUUGUGGGAGCUCUACCGGUCGUACCAGGAGAACAUCCACAUCCUGCACCCUUUCCUGAACCCGGCGAAGCUGCGAAAGAUGAUCCACGAGUUCCAGGAGGUGUACAGUUCGGAUCGCAAGAACAGCACCAUGUCUCCGUCCGCUGUACCUGAACGACUCAACGGCGGUAUCAAGCGGAAACGGUCGAGCACCAUGUAUGGCGACGCCUACGGAGUAGCGGACGACCUUGCGAGAGGCAGCAUUGAACGCUCUCUGCGUAACGCGAUCAUCCUCCUCGUCCUUGCCUUGGGCAAAGUUAGUCUUCAUACGGCUACGCUGCCUCAUCCGCAGAGCGACAGACAGCCUACAGGGAAUGGAACCUGGGGCUACCAUCGAGACUCGCCGCGGUCUGCCACGGACAGUUUCAGCAGCGACGCUUCGGACACGCGCGCCAGGAACAUCGACAUACUGCCUGGUAUGGCGUACUUCUCCUACGCUACCGAUAUCCUCGGCAACCAGAACGGUGGUAACACUGUAGCUCAUGCGCAAGCAUGCCUUCUAGCUGCGUUGUACCUGGGCCAAUUCGGUCGCGUCCUCGAAAGCUGGAGCUGGAUUAACAACGCUUGCAGAAUCUGCUUGGUUCUUAUCCGACGUGAAGGCAAAAAGGUUAACCGGAAAACGAUCACGACGAAUGUUGCGGGCCAGAACGUUAUCGUAGAUUCCAGUAACGAAGACAGCCUCUCUGCGGAAGAGCGACAUCGGCUCAACUUGAUCAAGUGCAUCUACUGGACAUGUGUCCAGAUGGAGAGCGACAUUAUCGCGGAAAUUAGUGAACUUGAGCCCAGUGCAAUCACUAGAUACCAAACCGACAUCGAGUAUCCGUCCGGGGUCUACGAGUCGUUCGGUGAAGGGAUGCCCGAGUUCGAUGCGACAUCUGUGCACACGAAGAACCUCUUCCUGUACUCCAGCCAGAUCCACUUGCGUAUCAUUCUCAACGAUGCGCACAACUCCUUGUAUAGUGCGCGACUUGGUUUCGACAGCAACAACAUCGACGAGAUCGCAAACAACGCACGAUCCCACGCCGGACUCUUGGCAGCCUGGAGAAGCAUGUUGCCGGAAAUGCUCGCUUGGAACGAUUCUGACCCCCCAUCGACCGACAUCAGUGUUGCUCGUAUGCGCGCCAAGUACUACGGUGGACACUACGUCAUUCUGCGACCGCUGCUGUUCAAGGCCAUCCACCACAUGAAGCUGCCGCCUACUGUGUCAUCCAAUAAUUCCCCUCCGGAUGCUUCAUAUCAGUUCAACCCGCACCGCGAUAUCGUCGACCUGAGCGCUGAGGACGUAAAGGCUCUCAAGAUUGUCCAAGAUUGCAUCCACAGUGCCAUUAAGAGUACAAUCGCUUUUGAUCGUAUUGGAGCCGACGAGAAUGCUCCUUACCGGAACUACGAGAGCCAGCGGAAAUCCCGGCUCAUCGUGCCCAACGUCUUCGGCACGUUGCAUGCGCAAUUUGGAAACAUGCUUGUACUCACUGCUGUCUACAACUCUCCCAUGCGCAGAUUCCUCCCGGACCAAAAUUGCCUCACCAAGGAGACUCUCACCGCCCUUUUCACGCGCACCCAGGACAUUCUGAGGGAACUGUCAGGGAACUCCCCGGUCCUGUCUCUCGACUACGAGAUCCUGGACAAUCUGGCACGGCAGCACGGCAUUCAGUACCGACGUCAACGAUGAUGUAGGAUAAGUACACGACACGUCCGAAUUUGGUUUAGGCGGAGCCCGGGCCAUCAAUUGCAACGCUUCGUCUUGUCUUGCAAGCCUCUCUUUCAAUCUGCAUUUACUACGGCGCAUCUUGGACCUGUCUCACACGAUCGGUCAUACAUAAUUACAUUGGGUGGCAAGCGCUCGAAAUUCCCACUCACAUCGCACCAUUGCAUAGCCUA